AUGCAAGACGCCGCCAUCACCAUCAACCCGCAAAAAGUUCAGUUGGUCUCAAAGAGAAUGAACCUCUCAGGUUUUAUUGUGGACGAAGGCACAAUACGGCCAGAUCCGCAAAAACUUCAGGCCAUCCUGCAGUUUCCACCACCAACGGGCGUUAAGAGCCUGCAGCGCUUUUUGGGUGUGGUGGGCUUCUACCGCUACUUCAUCCCUCACUUCACCGAUCUGGCAAGACCACUUCACCAGCUCCUGCGCAAGGGUGCCCCUCGGUCUUGGACUAACAUGGAGCAGGCUGCAUUCCAGGCUCUCUUGGUGGCUUUCGCUGAUACAGCGCGAAUGCACCUCCCUGACCUAAACUUGCCCUUCACUUUGCAGACCAACGCAAGUGAAUAG